UCUACAUCGUACUAACACUCCAUCUAGUAAUUAUGUCUAACCUGCUCUUUAGCAUUCUUACUUCUUCCUCUUAGCCCUGCUUCGGCAGGAGCGAAACCCCAUUCAGUGAACGUUGUUUCCCCACAAAUUCUCUUGCGCAAGAACCAUAGAAUCAUAUCUUUAACAUCCGAAGUUCCACGUUCCCACCACGAUGGUUCCGUCAAAAUGGAGGCUCAAAGCCAGACUCAAAGUCUAUCUGAAUGUAAUCAGUGUGGUAAAAAAUUCCAACGCAAGGCACAUUUACUUCGACAUCAACAGCAACAUUCCGGUGUUCGACCAUUCAGCUGCAUAUUCUGUACCAAAACUUUCAAACGCAGCGAUGUUCUCCGAGAUCAUUUCAGCAGAUGCGAACUUCGCGGAUCAGCCGCCAUCCCAGAUUCCCUAGAACGAGGGCGGAAACGACACGCUUGCAAUGAAUGCUCGAGGCUGAAGGUCAAAUGUGACAAUGAAGUACCAUGCCGCAAAUGCAAGGAGUUUGGAAGGCGUUGUAUCAAAACUUGGGGUAACAAUUCCGCUUCAUCGAUAAAAACUUCUGCAAGCCCGGAAACCCCAGCUCCCCGAUCUUUAACACCCCUAUCUACCACUCCGGAACCUACAUCAGAUCGAAAUUCCAUUGGCUUCCUAUUGAAUUUUCCAAACGAGGCAGAGUUUAUGCGCGAAUUCCCAAAGGCUUCCACAGGGAGUAGUCCAAAGGAAAGAACUGCGGAAUACACAAGCUUGGUUCCUCAUAAUACAAUUCAGCCGUGGGCCACAGGAGACAUAAUGAACCAGAAUAUGGCAAGUUUUGGAUACACUUCGAGUAUGGAUGUGGACCAAAACCUGGCCUUUCUUCACAACUUGGAAUUCGACACAUUUGAAAGACAAACGCAUGGAUGGCAAUUUCCUCAGGAUAACUUAAUUCCUUGGUCACCAGAUGGAAUGUUUAACGAUCGAAAUGUUCUAGAACAACGUGCCUACGAUAUACGGGAAAAGUUGAGAUAUGCUGCAAGCUCAAUGGUUGGACCGAAUGCUAUCUCCAAAGAAGUUUUGGAAGCAAUUGAGAUCCUAACUGCCGAUACCAUUGCUGCGUAUAUCAAAUUAUAUUUCAAACAUUGGCAUCAUCAUGCACCUAUGGUCCACGAAGCUACUUUUAAUCCAUGUACAGCUGCGUUACCCCUAGUACUUUCGAUCAUGAGUCUUGGUGCAAUGUAUUCCAAACAGGCCGAUGAGGUAGCGAAGGGAAAGCUCCUUUUGGACAUCAUUGAAACCUACAUCUAUUCAAUAAAUGGAUUCAAUGACGAAUUCGACUUACCCGGUAGAACUUAUGCUGAUCGUACGAAAAAUCUGUCUCAAGAAUGGUUGCAAUACCAAUUAGAGGAAUUUCAAGGCGCGUAUCUCAUUGUGGUUGUGCAAUACUGGACGGGAAAUGAGAUAGCAAGAACACGGGUCAGGCAACAACGCUUCGCAAAACUAAUAUCAAUAUACCGCUACUUGGAGUUGAAUAUCGUACAACAUUCUCCUGGGUUUGUUAUCAAAGACCAAUCUUCAUUCAGGGAUUGGAUUCGUAAAGAAUCGUAUAUUAGAACGGCAACUGUGAUGAUGAUGCUGGACAACGCAUUUGCAAUAUUCAACAAUCUUACUCCAAGGCUUCAAUGGGCAGAGAUCGAUCUCCCAUUUCCUAGCAAUGAGGGUUAUUUCAAAGCUGCAAAAUUUGAGGAUCUUAAGGAUCAUGCAGGUUUUCCCAUUUCAAAAAUAAAGAUAAAGGAUGCUUUUCUAUUGUUAUUUUCUCCUAUGGAAAACGCCAAAGAAGACCUGAUGCCAUUAUGCAACCGCAAUCUAACUGCUUUAGAUAUGCAAAUGCUCAUUCACAUUCUCUACGUUCAUAUAUGGACCUCAACAUUUUGUAAUCCUUUGGUUCAUUUACCCUCAACAUCUAUUCCUUCAAUCGUCGCACCAUUCAAACUCGCGAUACGAAAUUGGAAAUUCGUUUGGGAUGAUAUCAAAUCAGCGGUAGAUGCGGAUGAAUGGAAUAGGCUUGGGUUUGAGAGAACAGCGGAAACUUACUAUACUGCGGUUAGAAGUAUCCUAGAGGUUUUUGAGUCCAGGAAUGGAAAAUUUCCUCCUUUUCCUAGCGAUUGUGAGAAGGGUGCUCAUAUGAAAAGGCUUUUGAGCUUUUGAUUUGGGAGCAUGGAGAUUUAUAUAUACACAUUGGGAAUUCGGGUUUGGGAAUCGGAGUGAGUCGGACUUGGUGGAAUGGAUGGAUGGUGUUUUGGUUUCAUGGAAAGUGAUACUCAAAUGCAUAUUGGGAAUACAUGGGAUUUUAUUCAACCAACAUAUUUAUGGGAAUGGGUAGGAGUGGAAUUUUUUGAUAUCCGAGAGUGAGGUUUUGAGGAAUUGCAUUAAUCAUGGAACACCAAGUUCCCUGUUAUCCUUAAUCUCCAUUUUAUAAUGUCAAUCCAUUGCAUUCGUGUCUCCAGUUGGAAUUAU